AUGUCAAGGACUCUUGCAGCAAUAGUCGGAGGAGCUGCAGGAGCUGUGGCUUUGCUUGGGGUGGUGAUUUUAGUCACAUGGUUCUUCCUUUGUAAUAACAGGAGUGUUUCUAGAACUUCAGAGACGGGCUCUUCUGAUCCAUCUCAAGGUGGUGGAAGACCUCCGGGUCAGGGGGUGGAAUUGGUGAUCCGAGAAACAAGGGUGUUUAAGAUUGAAGAAUUGUGUUCGGCUACAAAGAAUUUUAGUGACAAAAGUUUGAUUGGGGAAGGAAAAUUUGGGGAGGUGUACAAGGGCUUACUUGAUGAUGGUAUGCUAGUAGCCAUUAAAAGGCGACCUGCUCCCUUUAGUAACGACUUCAUUGAAGAGGUGAGAUAUCUGGCAUCAAUUCAGCACCGGAAUAUUGUGACUCUUCUAGGUUACUGCCAGGCAAAUGAUCAACAGAUUCUUGUAUACGAGUAUGUGCCUAAUGGAAGUGUUUCGGUCCACCUGUAUGGGGGGGCUGGGGAGCACGUUACUAAAGAGAAGCUUGAAUUCAAACACAGGCUUUCAAUAGCUCUUGGGGCAGCUAAAGGUCUGGCUCACCUCCACUCACUCAGCCCCCGGUUGACUCAUAAGGACUUCAAAACAGCAAAUGUUUUAGUAGAUGAGAACUUCAUAGCUAAAGUAGCUGAUGCGGGGGUCCGGAAUUUUCUAUCAAGAGUUGACACAGCAGCAGGCCCGUCUUCUCAAAUUACAGCUGAUGAUAUUUUUCUUGCUCCAGAGGUGAGGGAGUUCAGACGCUUCUCUGAAAAGAGUGAUGUCUACAGCUUUGGUGUGUUCUUGCUGGAGUUGGUAAGCGGGAAAGAAGCCGUGGGAUUGAUAUCUUCAGACUCCAACCAGAAUCUUGUGGAAUGGGUGCAAAAUCAUCAAGAAGAAGGAACAAUGUCAAGUGUUGUUAUUGAUCCACAAAUUGGGAACAGCUUCACAACAGAAGGUAUGGAAGAGUACAUUGGGUUGAUAAUUGGAUGUGUGGAGGUUUCCAGUGAGAGACGGCCUGCAAUGAGUUAUGUGGUAAUGGAAUUGGAUCGACUACUCGAAAAAGAAAUGAGCUUGACAACUAUUAUGGGGGAAGGAACACCCGUUGUGACCCUUGGAAGUCAGCUUUUCAGGGCUGCAAAAUAAUGGAACUCCAUUAAUUUAUUUAUUUCAUCUCCAAAUUGUUGCGUGUUUAUUUUUUUUUCCUUUUGUGAAAAGGAGAUUCAGC